AUGGAACCUUUAACCUGCGUCGUGGAUAACGGGAGCUACGAAGUGCGGGUCGGGUUUUGUGGCGACGUAGUCCCGAGACUCAUAGCGCCGAAUUGUACUGCAAGACCACGACAGCAACUUAGAGUAUUGGUGGCGGACGAGAUCUACAAUAUCAGAAAUCUCGCACAAUUAGAGGUAACUAGACCUUUGGAACGUGGUAUCUUAGUAAACGCAGCAUGUCAGAGAGAUGUAUGGAAGCGAUGCUUCGAUAUAGUGAGGUGUGAGCCGCGGGACUCCAAGGUAACUGUCACGGAGUCAGUCUUGUCGCCACCUUCUGUACAGCGUGCCAUGGACGAAGUUUUAUUUGAGGACUUCGGGUUCUUGGGCCGAUGCCGAGUGCCUGCGCCAGUAUGCGUGGCGGAAGCUGCGGCGCAGCUUGAUCAAGACGUGUUUCACAUGCAGAACGAUGGUUUGAAUGACGUUUGGAAGCAGCAACGAUGUCUGAAUGAAAUAAAUCUAGUUGUCGACUUUGGACACACGGCGACGACGGUGACACCUGUCGUUGCAGGGUCCACAAUUCCAUGUGCGAUCCGCCGCAAUGAUAUUGGUGGUCAAGUGUUGACCGGGCAUCUACGUGAACUUAUCAGCUACCGCCAAUACAAUAUGGCAAACGAGGGCGUGACCUUAGAUCAGCUCAAACGACGCUUGUGCUUUGUAUCUCAAGAUUGGAAACAAGAUAUUGUAGCGUGUGAAGGUACGACACGUGAACGUGGUGUUGCUGGUCCACACUAUGCCGAGUACAUUCUCCCUGAUUUUCAAACCCUUGAUCAUGGUUAUGCUCGUCUCACACGAUGUCCCAUGUCUGUGUUCGAUGAAGUUCGCCGCCGGACACCGAUGGAUGCGAUGCCCCAAUUCCUGCGACUUGAGUCGGAGAGGUUUUGUGCUCCCGAACUUCUGUUUUCCCCUCAAAACAUUGGUCUUAGUCAAUGCGGAGUACAUGAACUUAUUGCCGAUGCUAUCCUCCACGUGGACUCGUGCUUGCGUACACCACUAUCGCAGCGCAUCAUUAUCUGCGGUGGCGGUUCGCAAUUGCCGGGCCUGUGCAAUAGAGUGGAACGUGAACUUUUCUCUUUAUUACCGCAGCGUGUCUGCGUCAUGCGCCCCAGCGACGCGGACCAUCUUGCUUUUAGAGGUGCCGCUAUCCUAGCUGCCAUACCUGACAAUUAUCUCUCCAAGACAGAGUGGGAAGAAUACGGCCCAGACUGCCUCUACGUCCGUCCUUAG